CUUUUUUUUCCCAUAAUAAAAAGGAAACAAAACCGCCCGUCCGCACGACCUCCUCCUUCUCCCGCACGACCUCCUCAUCCUCUCGCGCCGUUCGCCUCGCGCCGCCGCACCCUUCACCGCCGCCUCGCGGCGCCAGAGGCGGCCGCGGGUUGCCGGGAGCCUCCCUAGCCGCGGGAGCCCGCCCCGCCGCGCCUUCAUCGCCGCCUCGCGUCGCCGGAGCCACGGGAAGCGACUGCGGGUCGCCGGGAGCCCGCCCCCGCCGCGGGUCGCCGGGAGCCUCCCCAGCCGCGGGAGCCCGCCCCGCCGCGCCUUCACCGCCGCCUCGCGUCGCCGGAGCCACGGGAAGCGGCUGCGGGUCGCCGGGAGCCCGCCCCCGCCGCGGGUCGCCGGGAGCCUCCCCAGCCGCGGGAGCCCGCCCCGCCGCGCCUUCACCGCCGCCUCGCGUCGCCGGAGCCACGGGAAGCGGCUGCGGGUCGCCAGGAGCCUGCCCCCGCCGCGGGUCGCCGGGAGCUUCCCCAGCUGCGGGAGCCCGCCCCGCCGCGCCUUCACCGCCGCCUCGCGUUGCCGGAGCCAUGGGAAGCGGCUGCGGGUCGCCGGGAGCCCGCCCCCGCCGCGGGUCGCCGGAAGCCGCGCCCUUGGUCGCGGGCCGCCGUUCCUCCCGCUCCUUUCGCUGCGCCCCAGUCUGCCCCGUCGCCCUGGUCCUCUUCUGCUUCCCGGUGGCCAAGUGCGAGCGUAGAAGCAAGCAAUGUUUGCGUGUUUCAACCAAAGGGAUUGAGCAACUUCACCAGUAAGACGUAUAAAUGCCCCAACAAAGGUGAAUUUUCUGAGUAAUACGGUCCUUCUAUCAGAGGUGAAUUUUCUGAGUCAUGCUUCAUGAUGUCUAAUAUUUACUCUCUCACUUUCGCUUCGGUACAACCCUCCUAAACACAUCAACGGAGGAGAUUUCUUCAUACCCCUUUAUAAUAAAGGGUAUGAUGAUCUUUUUUUAAAAUACGUCAGCGACGUUUUUUUUUAAGACAGCUCGCGAAAAUAAACAGCGGCUAACAGUAGCCUGGGCCGGCCCAACAGCAAGUCGGUCUAUCUGAAACACUGGAAAAUCCUAAAAACAUGUGCACGCGUCAGGUAUUGAACAUAGGACCUUGCACUCUCAGGAAAAUGAGCCAACCACUAGACUGACCCAACUAUAAUAACAAAGGAGCAGCGCGGUAUCUUAAGACUAUUAACAGCGACAUAGCUGAACAAUUUUUUAGAAUUUUGAACGUGACUUUUUUGAACGCAAAAGAAAUUCAAAAUUGAUUUUUUUAACAUGCAUACAAAUUUUCCGAAAAGUAGAACAGAGUUUAAACUCUGAAUAAAUUUUGAAAACCAAGAUUUUUUUUAAAAUUCAGAAUAAUAUUUGGAAAUACAAACAAUUUUAAAAAUCUGAUUUUUUUUCUAAAAAUGCGACCAUUUUUUGAUAUUUUCGAACUUUUUGAAAAAUAUGAAUAAAUAAAUAAAUAUGCUGCACAUUUUGUAACAUUGCGAUAAAUAUGAAUAAAUAUGGUCACCCUAGUACUCCACGCAAAAAUUGAAUGAAUUCGGACAGUAAACAUACAUUGCGUCACGUGCGGUAAGUAUUUUAGGGACUUUCCACUGAGAAAACCCUAGAAAAUGCAUAGAAUAACAAAAAAUAAUAAAACUUGGCAUGGAUGCUUGCCAUGAUGAUAGAAUACUACGGGAAAUAAUUGGAUCCACUUGAUGGAUGUGAAAAAAUGCUACGUGACAAAAAAUGCGUCACAGGACAAAUAAUACAAGAACCAAAAAAAGUUAAUUUUAAAACAAUACAACAGUCAUCAAUGCUCUCAUUUUGAAGAAUACGAACUGUUUGUAUGAACCUUCCUAGUUCGAAACUAGUGAAUAUUCAUGGUAGCAGUCCAUAUCCUAAACAAAGAGUACAUUGAAGACCGAUGCUUAUGACAAGCAGAGGAAAUGGCUAUUUCCUUCUCAUUCAUCUUUCCUCUCGCUCGGACAUAGAUUGUUCGCACAAGUUUUUGGAAAAAAAUCAUGGGUUUUAGAAAAAGUUUGUAAAAAUUGAGACAGGUUCGUGGAUCUGAAAAUCGUUCAUGUAUUUGAAAAAAAAUCAGUGAUUUCAGAAAAAGUUCACAAGUUUAAGAAAUUAGACACGGACUUAAAACACCGUUCACGAAUUUAUGAAAAUUUCUGGAUUUUAGAAAAAUUUCGUGAAUUUUAGAAAGGAAAAGAAAAUGAAAAAAGAGAAGAAGAUCGAGAAAAAAACAGUAGAAAAUUGGCUAGACAAAACCGGAAAAAAAAAUUAAACAAGGCGUUGCCUUUCUUGUUUACGUCACGUCUGAGGGCACAGCUGCGGCCGAGAAACAUUUGUAGAACGCAUGGGUACAUAGGUUGUUCACGAGUUGUUUAUAGCAUAAGAAUAAGAAAAGUUCUAGUCUGUACGCCAGCAUCAGCUCUACCACUUGGUUAGUGCACUGUAUGAAUACAAUGUGGUAAUGAGUUCGAAUCACACUACCCGCAUCUGUUUUGAAUAUAAAAAAAUAUAUUAAUGGGCCAACCUGUGGGUGUUAGCACAUAAAUGGGCUCCUCGUACGUACGGCGUGCAACUAUAUUGUCCUUUAUACGUUUUGGAGGGGGGUUGUACCGAAGCGGGACUCCCUACUCUCUUUGUACCAACUAUCUUCAAGAAAGUCAUAUGGCCCAGAUAAAAAAUUCCUAUUCACCUAGAUUUAAAUUUGAUCAAAGUUAUUUCUCACAAGAGGCAUAAGGGUUUUCUACCUAACCUUCUCACCCUUCCUAAGUAUCCAGGUAUAAUUUUGUUCUGUGGUUGCGAUGUGCUAUCCACGGUAUGAUAAUGGUUCUAGAAGCAUUUCUUGCUCCAGGAUCUGAAUUGUGGAUGUUUAAUGAGGUGGCAGAGAAGAAGAGGGAGAAAAACUGACUGAUGAUAGUAUGGAUAUUUUUGGACUAACAAACAUUAAAUUGUACACAAAGAAGGGAAUGUUUUCAUCAGGCGGCACUUAGAAAGCUUGCCUCUUGAGACCUUUGAUUCUAUGAGUCGGUGGAGGACUCCAUUGUACAAUUAGAUUCAUGGUGCUUAGCUACACUUCUUCUAAUUCAUGACGUUUCAUGCGAGCAACAAGCAGCCUGGCUGUGACAUACUGUAUAACUGACAGUGCGCAGGUAACCCAAACGUCUUCCGUUGAAGGAGUCAAAAUCACAUCUACGUCACAAUGGCGUUUGUCACAGCUCCUGGAUUCGGGAGAUGUAGCAUGUACUGGAGAAAUCGAUAACAAUUUCACUGGACUCGAGAACAAUAAACCUUGUGUCUGUCUCCAAAUUCAGCGAUAACGUUCUGUCAAAUGAACUUGUUAGUAUUUCAUUAUCCAUGGUGGCAGAAGACAAGCAAAUCGACAGUGUUUCUCGAGGAACUCUUCGUUGAGGAGGAAAACAAGGUGUGCAUAUGGUCUGCUGAGUUACCUGUACGGACAAGAGGAGUUGAGCUUCCUUGACAUAAUGGCCAGGGCUCGUGAGAGAGACGAGAUUGUGACCGCCUCCAUUCGCCGCCGUCCGGGCAGCACGACCUUGCCGCCCCUCGCUCCUCGCCGCCGUCAGCAACACCAUGGCUGAACCUGCUGCCCCUCGCUCCUCGCCACCGUCCGCAGCAACACCACGACCCUGCCGCCCUGUGGUCCUCGCCGCUGUCCGCAAGCCCGCACGGUCCAGCCGCCUCUUGGUGCCGGUCUUGGAGUUCGUUAACUGCAUCGCACCGUCCUGCCGCUCUGAAGGUUUGUCGCCCGUAGAAAUUUGAGGGAGAUUCACUGCUUUGUUGCUUCAAAAUAUGUCAAAUUAGGCCAUCAAUUCAAGUCAGACCAGUGAAUACAUUGGUUCCAUACUGCUGCCUUUAUACUAAUUUUUUUAGUUGCACAUGCCUCACACAGCAUGCACAUGCCUGAUGGACUGAAACUUUACACCUCCUGCAGUAAUGUGUCUUCUUCACUUAAAUGCAAACAAGUUCAGAUUAAUCCUUUUUGGAGUUCGCCUCUUAAUAAAUUUGGAUUACGAUGUAGUUAGUUCUGUUACUAAGUGUAGUUUGCUGCCCGGACGGCGGCGAACAGAGGCGGUCACAAUCUCGUCUCUCUCACGAGCCCUGGCCAUUAUGUCAAGGAAGCUCAACUCCUCUUGUCCGUACAGGGGCUCCAUCUAAGCCUCUGCAGGACGCUCGAGUGGUGGCUAGUAUGGGAAUCAUGGUGGGGAAGACAGAAAAAGUGGAUAUGGCUUUCACACGUGCCCAUGGGGUGGCCCGGCUAUUAGUGAGUGUUCUGGAUAUUGAGUUCGUGCCCGAUAAGGUCAACUAGACCUACAGGGAGAGGUGUUCCCGCUAGACAUCGAAUUUGAGGACACUGCUUUAUUUGAUGAUGCGAUUAAUGGUAACGAUGUUGACAUGCACGACAGUGAUGGCAAUGCCGGGGCCGAGGGGGCACCGUCAGAUGAGCCCACACGCGAGGGGUCUAAUGGUUCUUCUCAGUUGCCUGGGGAUGGGACCGGGGUUGAGCCUGCAGUUUCCCCAGCGGUGCCCAUGACUACUCUGUGUUUUGGGUCCUUUGAGCCAGCCUCGGCACCUCCCAGACUAUGGAGUGACCGGGUAGAUUCUGAUGAUUCUCUGGAGCACACGCUCCCCCCGUUGGAGUUCGAGGGGGAUGCUGGAUUGUUUGCUGGAUGGCCGGCAAGGUCUUUGGUCGGAGCUACGGAGAGGAGUCCGGAGGGAGCUUCUCUUGUCCUGGCGCCUCACGUGGACGCGACUUCGGUGUCGGCGUCUACGGGCAAGAUGGGUCGUGGGGAAGGAGCUUCGGGGCAGGUGGCCUCGCCUUCUCCCAACCCCAUCCCGAUCUCGGUGGCGUCGGUGACGCUGGCCCCAUGUGGGUCGGCCGGUGCGGGGAGCGGGAGCCCGAGGCAGGCGGCCUCGGCUCCUGCUUCCCCGACGGUGGCGGUAACCACCGCGGCAGCAGCUGCGUUGGGGGGGGGGGGGCUGGGGCAGGAGGCCUUGGCUCCUCCUUCGCUCUCGAUGAUCAGGAGGACCGUCUCUCCUUCGCCGAUGGCUCAUACGUCUGAGCCGGCGGCUGAGGUCGGAGGAGCGGCCCGCGCCAUCUCCUCUUCGCUCCUACCCAUGGUCGGGGUCCCUAGUGUGGGACUCCCGUCUAAGGGGAUCGGGAGCCCGCAGACGCCUUCUCUGGUAACCCCGGUAGAGCCUUUGAGGGACUCUGUGCCAGGUGUUACUAGGGAGGAGGUUGUCGCGUUUGGCGGGAUCCCGGACCCUAUCGCCGAGGGGAGACGGAUGAGUGCCCGCAUCCUCGACAUCCCCGAGGUGGAUGAUAUGCAGCAGCGGUGCGCUAUGAGGGCGGCCAAGCUUCAGGAGGCUGCUUUGUCUUCCGGUCAUAUUUCGAACUACGGCACUGAUCCGUUCAUGGUCGCUACUCACCCAGACGGAGGCCAGGGAGCAUUUGGUUACUGGGUCUUUCCGCUGGGAGAUGGUAGCUCGGGAUAUUUUCAACCGGUUUGGAUGACGGUCAUGUAAUAGGAUAGGCAUUUAGAUCCCCUAUCUAUUUUUUAGCCAGCCGGUUGUGGUGUCUUUUCUCGGCUAGUUGGUGUUUCUAGCCUCUUUCUGGCUCUGUGUGAGCUGUCUGUGCUUUUUUAUUAUUUUUUGUGGAGACCUUUGGAACCAUGUUGACACUACUUUAUUUGGUUAAUAAGAGGGCCGUAUGCAUCUUUCUGAUGCAGAGGCCGGGGAACCACCCCUUU